AUGAUUGGCGCCGAGGAAAACGAAACGAAACAGACCACUGUGCGGGGGGGCGCCGGCCCGCGGCGUGUGCAGCUCGCCUGGCCGUCCCAGAAAAAGACCGCAUCACGUGGAGGUGCCAUGCACACGGACACAACAAAGAUGGACAAAAGCAUGGGCAAAGUCGAUCAACAUGCCCACCGCGACGGCCGAUCAACUGUGCUGUCUCAGUUCCACGUGCGGCAUUUGGGUCCAGUCCCAACCCCUCCAGCUUCUUCAGGUGGGAUGGCGGGUUAUCACGCGCAAACGCUUGGGCACAGGCAGAGGAAGCAAGCCAUCUCAAAGUUCAGCACAAGCCAAUGUGAUGUGAGGGACAAGGCGAGAGACGACACCCCUGUUCCCCCAAUCUCGCUUAUUGGGCCGACGCAAUCCUGUGCCACCGUUGGGGAUCCACCCUUCUCGCUGCAGCCAAUGGCGCAGCGAGUGCCCCUGGAAAUGGUGCUGAGAAGAAAGCUAUCCCCGCUGUUCCUUGGCGGGGCUCCAUAG